AACAUUGUUGUUAAAGAAUUAUUUUGUCGUCUGUUAUUUGAGGUUGAGAUGUCAGAAUAUUGGUUGAUAAGCGCGCCAGGGGAUAAAACACCCCAGCAAACAUGGGAGAAAUUAAACAGGGCGACGCAACAAAUGUCGAAUAAUCAUAAAUUUCACAUCCCAGACCUCAAAGUUGGGACGUUGGACGCCUUAAUCGGUUUGUCGGACGAUCUGGGGAAAUUAGAUAUUUUUGCUGAAGGGUAAGUCGNGGUGUGUAGAAAAGUUUCGUCGUACAUGGGGGACGUUUUGGAGGACCAGAAAGAUCGGUUGGNUGAUGAUGUCAUAUUAACCACUGAUGACAUCAUCACAGCCACCCUUGAAACCUUCAUGCAUCGCUUUCAAUGGAACUUGGCAAAAUACCCCGUCAAGUUACCUCUCAAAAGUUUGGCCGAAAUUAGUUCAAAAGUUGUCACGCAAGUCGACACAGAUCUUCGCACAAAGUCGCAAGCUUACAAUAAUCUAAAAUCAAAUCUACAAAACAUGGAGCGGAAAGCAACUGGGAGUUUGCUGCUUCGGAACUUGAGGGAAAUCGUAAAAAAAGAAGAUUUCAUUCACGAUUCGGAGUAUUUGCAAACAUUGCUUGUUGCUGUGCCGGUACAAACAACCGAAGAAUGGGAAAAGAAUUACGAAACUUUAACAGAUUACGUCGCACCUCGUUCGUCAAGGUUACUUUAUCGGGACGAGGAGUAUGGACUUUAUGGCGUCACAAUAUUCAAGAAAGUUUAUGAAGAAUUCAAAACUAAAUGCGGACGGCACAAAUUUUUCCUCCGUGACUUUCAAUACAACGAGCGCGACAUGGCGUCUGAUAAAGAUCAACUCACUAAAUUGACUUCGGAUAAAAAGAAGAUGUUGGGCCCCCUACUACGAUGGUUGAAAGUCAACUUCAGCGAAGUAUUCACCGCAUGGAUGCACGUGAAGGCACUCCGAGUGUUCGUGGAAUCUGUGUUAAGGUACGGACUUCCUGUCAACUUCCAAGCAACUGUUGUCCAACCGCAGAAGAAACAAUCCAAAAGAUUGCAAGAAACAUUGAAUAAGUUGUAUGUUGGCCUGGAUAGCACGGGACUCGCUGCUGUUAAUGAGGACGAUUUUCUUCCCGGUUUAACCCUCGGCACCCAGGAAUAUCAUCCCUACGUGUUUUACAAGGUCGUCCUCGACUUUGAAUCGCAACAUUAAUAUGAUUUCUAUGUAAAUUGUUGUGCAAUACCAAUGUAUCGGAAUAAAUCGUGUAUUUUGUCUUUGAAACAUAAACUUGAACUUUUGA